GGCUUGGACGGGCGGGUGCGACGUAUGAGCUAUCCAGAUGUAUUAUACAGAUCAGUGGUAACGACACUCAGUGCGUAGUAAAUCUGACUGCAUGAAAACUAGAUCGCGCUGGCUUGUUACACGUUUGCUUGUGUUUCUUGUAUAGCUACAUAAAUUUUUACAACUACAUAAUAGUUUGGACCGCGGUGUUUUGCUGUCUAUCUACGGACAGGUUUUUUGGACCAUUACAGGGAAUGGCUCUUUGAACGUAUUUCACUGCCAAGCAGAGCUGUGUGACGUAAAAUUCACGCGACAAGACGGCGCUGCACCGGCGUCCCGUUAAAGUGAUGGAGAUUGUGACGCAAAAUCCUCGCGACAAGAUGGCGCUGCACCGGUGUCACGUUUAAGUGAUAAAGAAGAUUUGACUUUUUAAACAUUUUUGUUAAUUUUUCUGUCUUCGGGGCGGUUACAUCCUCGGUUGACCAGUUUUAAUGUCCUGAUGGCAUUCUCCAACCUUUUUUCAAAGCUGUCUGACGUCUGUGUGAGGCGUCCAAGUCAACCGCCUUGUACUUUCAGAAACGACACUGGCGAUGUUCAAAGGGACAGGGGAAGAAAGAGGAAUAGCGACCGACCUGGCCCCUGUAUAAAGAGGCAAUAUCAGCAGGCCCAGGCAACCAGGAGAUAUUUUGGUACAUUUUUCCCAAAUGAGGGUUCCAAGCCUGUGAAAGUGCAAGGUGACUAUGAACAUGCAAGUGGUGGAGUCAUCAAGGGGACGACAGCAUCUAAGCAUGCUAAGAAGGUAUGUUACAGCGGCCAACGUUUUAAAACCAGGCUGAGUGUGAGUACGCAACAACAGGAACGCCAUCAGGAGGGUCAGCGUCGAGGGGAUAGGCAUCAGAUAAGAAACGCACGGAAACAUGACGGAGGCAGUAAAAACAGAAACCAUGCACAGGUUGUCAAAGUCCAACAUUUUACGCCGGAGUUUAAGGAGCAGAAUGCUUUGGAUUUUGAUGGACAGAUCAUUUGCAGACAUUUCCUUUUUGGAAAGUGCAUUAAGGGUGACGGCUGCCAAAUGAAGCACGUUGAACCUGCCAACGAUAUCAUCAAACAGCAUUGCAAGUUUUAUGUGCAAGGAUGUUGCAUUCAAGGGAAGAGCUGUCCGUUCAUGCACAAGUCCUUCCCUUGCAAGUUUUUCCAUCAUAGAGGAUGCUGUUCCAGAGGGGAGGAUUGUCUGUUUUCCCAUGAGCCACUUAAUGACCUUACGGCAAAAUUAUUGGAUGAGGUAAUAAACGUGGACAAUGAGCUUGCAAAAAAAACUGUGCAGACGCCUUGGGUUCAGCCAGCCACUACAGACGAGCUGGAAGCCACACAAGUCGUCGAUCCAGCUGAUACCGCAACCACACAAGCAAAUAAUGCUUCAGAUCAAUCGAUGCAGCCUUUCAGGUUCAACUUCUACAACAGUGCGGAAUCCAACGCCGGUAAGGAAAAGUUGUGUCUUACUGAGGACGCCACUGUCGCCGAGGAAGAUGCUCAACCACAUGAACCAUCUGUUCCGGUUCCCGACAGUCCAUUACAUAACCCCCAUCCUGUGGCCCCCGUUGGUUACUCUGUGGAAGUGUUGCUCGGACCUCAGUUGUACAAUCCUUUGUCUAGUGCCUUCCAAACUCCACCAAGUCAAGAUGGCUCUCCUCUUUCCGCUCCUCCCGCUCCAUGGGAUGGCAGCGGCUCGGGAAACCCUAGCAAGAUUCCUUACUCUGUUGAAGCUGUCCUCAGGGCGUCCACAUCACAGCACGACUCUGCUUUGCAUCGCAUGCCUAAUGUCACAGGUGUGUUACCUGCCAAAAACUGUGCUAACAAAGUGCUGGAAAAAACGUUGAAAAAGACGUUAGCCCAGCAGGAUGUUGGGUAUGACAACCAGGAACCUGCUUCUUCUUGUGAAGCAUCGCUGGCAGGAUACAUGACAGCAUGUCCUAAGACCGCUCCUCAUCUUCCAGCUAACAUGGCCUCCUCCAUGGACAGGGAUCAAAGUCUCGAGUCCAACAAGGAUGUUUUUCGAAGCCUCUUUUUAAGCCCCCCGAGUGUGGUAUCGAUACCAAAAGCCCGCACACCCCUGACGCCACAUGGAUCGCAUCUCCCAAAUAAUUCCCAGGACUCAGUCCAACCUUUCAAUCCCUUCUCUGAGCAGUCAACACGGUUAAAAGACAAAGCUCCUUUCACCGCUUCCACUGAAGGCAGAGAUUCUGUGAAACAAAAAAGCACCCAGUCUGAGACACUGCUGGAAUAUUACUCUGCGGGAAUCACAGAUUCUCUUGACUCUGUGCCUGGAUGUGCUCAAACCUCAAAAACGCAUUUCAAAUGCCAGUUUGCCAGCAACAUCACCAGCACUUCAACAGACCCUGUCAGUCCUCGUCGCUUGGCUCAGUCCAACUGUGCUCCUCCAGAAUCUGCCAAAUACCAGCAUCUUCCCGAUGAAAGAACAACUUGUGCCGGGUCUCUUCGCAACCUUUUUGCAACCCCCCUCAGUGAGCUGGGUGCUCCUCUCCCAUGUCUGCUAUCUCAACCGCAUCAUUCAAUGAGUUCCGCCACACCUCAGGAGUCUUGGCAGCCGAGUAGCAACGCCCCCUUUAUGUCAGACGGUGCUCCAAGUAGUGUCACGGAGGCCUCCCAUAAAACCACUCCUACUGCAAACGAAGACGAGCGCUUACUUGGCGUCGUCAUUGAAGUUCCGGCGCAACGGAGGAGUCAAGCAGAAACUCUUUCCAGCCCACGUGCGUCUGUGACCCGUCAGCAGCUGGGUAUCAUGCCAGCCCACGUUGGUAAGAACGCACUCACUAUGAACGCACGUGUGAGCUCUGAAAUGACUUUUCUUCACCAUGCAGAUUGCUCGACAGCAGCCACCUCCAAAUCAGUCCUGAAAACUCUCUUCCUGUCCCUCAGUCCAUUUACGAAAGAUGGACGAUAACUGGACAAAAUUCUAAGAUGCUACUUGCAGUGGGUGUGCCUCUGUCCAGGUCAUGGUAGCCCGCAAAGGUUGGAUCUGGGCAACUGUACUCUUCUCGUUUGUUGAAGCUGUUUUGCCUUUAUCCAAAAGGCUUCUUCCGUUCUAAGUUUGUAGGUGUGGAGUUUACCCAUGAAUGUCCCUGGUAGGUGUGUCCCCAAGGGGGUGGUCAUUAUUAUUCCAUAUCCUAGCUGAAUGCUGCGAUAGCUGAUUGCAAUGAAGCAACACCAAGUGCACUCCAGAUGUCAGCGUCUCUGUGGACCCAUUCCUACCCGCUCAGCAGCCAACAAAAGAACCCACAACACCUAUUGUCUGCUUAUAACAUUAUCCUGACAUCCCCUCCCCCAAAGAUGAUCUCAUUCCAUGGGACGAGUGGCCACAAAAAAGCUGUUUUGCUCAGCAGGUAGGCCAGCGACCCUAUUGUGACCAUCUCAUAGGGACACGCCCACCAGAGACAUUCAUAGGGAGACUCGUAGAACUGCAUCUGGUCUUAAAACUAGUGUCAGUUGGCCAUGAAAGCGCUGGUUUCCUGGUUAUGCGAGGGGCGAUUUAGGCGUAUUCCUUUAAUUGGUCAUCAUUUUUUAAUGACAUUAGUUGAGACAAAAUGUUUAAAACAAAAGGCACUUUUUCUAGAACUUGUAUUGCAUAUUGCAGUGUUUGAGGGAAGUUCUGCAAAUAUCUGUAUCGCUUGAUAUUGGUAUCGGUAAUGAAGUGCUGGACAAUAUCGGUAUUUUGGCUAUCAAUAAAAAGCAUCUCUAUCCACCAGUUAGGGGAGGGCUCGUACAUUGUAAAAUGACUCACAUUUAAAGAAGGAAAAGAAUUUACAGCGGGGGUUUCUAAAGUGCCGCUCUGGGGCCAUUAGGGACCCGCACUUUUUUUUUUUAUUUUAUUUUUUUUAUUGGCCCUGCCCCCAGCAAAAACUGAGAAGUUGAAAUGUUGAUACCAGUACUGCUAUGAAUGCUUUUAAAGCGAUUUGUCACCUGUAACAUUGAUACCAGUACUGCUAUGAAUGCUAUUAAUACAAUUUGUCACCUGUAACAUUGAUACCAGUACUGCUAUGAAUGCUAUUAAUACGAUUUAUCAACUGUAACAUUGAUACCAGUACUGCUAUGAAUGCUAUUAAUACAAUUUGUCACCUGUAAGACAUAAACUGUGAUGUAGGCUUUCAAAAUGUAAAAUGUACAAAUUAAAAA